GGGAGAAGUGGGGGUCCGAAUGGAACAUAAAAUUACAGGAAUAUUACAUGGUUGUUUUUUGUCGUAAAUGGAUUACCAAAGGAAUACGAGAUUAAAUCGGACUGCCCCAUUCAUGAGUGAAUUCGGAUACUCAAGGUAACAUCUCCAUCAGUGUGAAACAGGAAGUGUCGUCUGUGAGCAGCCAUGGGCCAGAGAGCUGUGCUUCUGCUCACUGAGCUGCUGCUGCUGCUGCUGCUGACAGCUUCACACACACUCCUCGCAGUCAGCUUCCCUGAGGACAGUGUACCCCUCGAUGUCGUCGAUGCACACUAUUCGCGGCAGUAUCCUGUAUUCAGAGGCAGGCCCUCUGGCAAUGAGUCACAGCAUCGCCUUGACUUUCAGCUGAUGACCAAGAUACAGGACACUCUGUUCAUCGCUGGCAGAGACCAGGUGUACCUUGUGAGUCUGCGAGAAUCCUACAGGAAUGAGAUCAUUCCUUACCGGAAGCUAACAUGGCGAUCGGGUCAGGCAGACAGAGAGAUGUGUGCUGUCAAGGGAAAACACAGAGAUGAGUGUCACAACUUCAUCAAAGUGCUGGUCCCCAGAAAUGACGAUCUGGUCUUCAUCUGUGGCACCAAUGGCUUCAAUCCCAUGUGCAGAUACUACAGGCUGGAUAACCUGGAGUUUGAUGGAGAGGAGAUCAAUGGACUGGCACGGUGCCCAUUUGACUCCAAGCAAACCAAUGUUGCACUUUUUGCUGAUGGGAAGCUGUAUUCUGCCACAGUAGCAGACUUCCAGGCCAGUGACUCCGUCAUUUAUCGCAGCAUGGGCGACGGUUCAGCCCUGAGGACCAUCAAGUAUGACUCCAAAUGGCUGAAAGAACCUCAUUUCCUGCACGCAGCGGAGUAUGGGAAUUAUGUGUACUUCUUCUACCGAGAGAUUGCUGUGGAGCACAACAAUCUGGGCAAGGCUGUGUAUUCUCGCGUGGCACGGAUCUGCAAGAAUGACGUUGGCGGUUCUCAGCGUGUGUUGGAGAAGCAUUGGACGUCAUUUGUGAAGGCGAGGCUGAAUUGCUCCGUCCCAGGGGAGUCCUUCUUCUACUUUGAUGUACUUCAGUCUGUCACUGACAUCAUCGAUAUCAAUGGGGUCCCCUCUGUGGUGGGGGUUUUCACCACGCAGAUGAACAGUAUCCCAGGGUCUGCGGUGUGUGCUUUCUCCAUGGCCGACAUAGAGAAAGUAUUUCGAGGGCGAUUCAAGGAGCAGAAGACCCCGGACUCUGUGUGGACCCCAUUCCCAGAGGAGAAGCUGCCCAAGCCCCGGCCUGGGUGCUGUGCAGGUCAUGGUCCAGCUGAGGCCUUUAAGAGCUCCAUCGAGUUUCCUGACGACACCCUGCAGUUCAUCAAGUCCCACCCCCUCAUGGACACAGCUGUGCCUUCCAUCGGGGAUGAGCCUUGGUUCACCAAGACGCGUGUCAGAUACAGGCUGACGGCGCUGGCAGUGGACAACACAGCGGGGCCCUACAGGAAUUACACGGUUGUGUUCAUUGGCUCCGAGGCUGGGGUGAUCCUCAAGGUUUUGGCCAAGACUUCCUCUCUGUCCCUCAACGACAGCCUGCUACUAGAGGAGAUAGACGUCUUCAACAAGGCCAAGUGCCUGUCUAGCCGAGAGGAUGACAAGCGUGUCCUCGCGCUGCAUGUGGACAAAGACAUGCACAGCCUGUAUGUCGCCUUCUCCAGCUGCGUCAUCCGUGUUCCCCUGAGCCGCUGUGAGCGGCAUUCCUCAUGCCAGAAGUCUUGCAUAGCAUCGAGAGAUCCUUACUGUGGCUGGAAGCCUCAUGGAGCCUGUGAGAGAAUACUGCCUGGUGUUGUAACUGGAUACGAACAGGACAUCGAGCUUGGAAACACUGCCCACCUGGGAGACUGUCACGCGUUUUUGGCUACUACAUCAGCGCCAGAUUACAAAUCAUUUGGCGACCCUACCUCUGACAUGGAGUUUUCAUCAGCACCAGUCACUGGCCAGCCCAGUGGGCCCAUACUCCCCCCCGUACUCAUACCCACUCAGAGCCCCGGCUCUGGGCCUGGUCCAGAGCUCUACGGCUCAGGCUUUGUGCUGCAGGAUGACCCAGCCACCUCCCAUUCUUUAGACUCUCUCCCAGGGGGCCAAGAGGGUGUGUGGGAAAUCCAGGCAGGUGAGGCCAACCAGAUGGUCCACAUGAACAUCCUAAUCACCUGCGUCUUUGCUGCUUUCCUCCUGGGUGCUCUGCUCGCGGGCCUAGUGGUCUUCUGUUACAGAGACUCCUUCCUGCGCAAACCACGACAUGUCCACAAGGAUGCAGAGUCCGCCCCGUCCUGUUCAGACUCCACUGGAAGCUUUGCCAAGCUCAACGGCCUCUUUGACAGCCCUGUGAAGGAAUACCAGCCCAACAUUGACUCUCCCAAGCUGUACACCAAUCUGCUGAGCAAUGGCAAGGAUUUGAACACACCCAACGGCGACACAAAGACCAUGAUCCUGCGGGACGGCUGUCAGCCUCCUGAGCUGGCUGCCCUGCCUACACCUGAGUCCACCCCAGUGCUGCAGCAGAAAGGCCUGCAGCCCAUCAAAAACCAGUGGGAGAGGGCUCAUGGGAAGGUCAGUGGCUCCCGCAAGGAGUCCAACACAUCAGCCAAGAGCCCUCAGUACCUGCCGUCCUCACCGCCACCUUCUCAUGUCAACUCCCACCACCCUCACCUCGCCUUGGGACAUUCUCACAUCCCCAGCGCUGUUGUUCUACCCAACGCCACACAUGACCACACUAACCAUGACAAUGGAGAUGAUACACUGCCACGUUCCUCUGAAAAGAAACUCAAAAACACAGAAUCUAAAGGAAGCAGGAAGGACCAGAAAAGGUCUGUGGAUGCCCGUAAUACUCUAAAUGACCUUUUGAAACACCUCAAUGACUCCGGAGGAAACCCUAAGGCCAUCCUUCAAGAGGGAUCAGGGCCCAGGCCAAGGCAACAUCUCAUGUUGGAGCCUAUGGAGGCUCUGACUGAAGUACCCCCAAAGGUGCCCAGCCGGGAGGCCUCCCUAUACUCUCCCUCCUCUUCCCUGCCCAGGCACAGCCCCACCAAGCGGGUAGAUGUGCCCAUGCCCACCACUCCCACCACACCAACGGGCAGCCUCAGCAUGGGCGGCACUCUGGAGAGGCAAAGAGGGGGGUACCACCUCCACCGGAGUGCCUCACAAAGGCACUCCCUUUCCACCUCACCAAAUGGGGUAACCAUGGGGGUGUCUGUGUCUCGCCAACACAGUAUGAACAGAGGGGGUUACAUGCCCCCAACACCCCCCUCCAGACUGGACUCCCAUGGCGGAGCAACGGGGGCGGGUAUGCACUCGCCUCACCCCCCCUCUGUAUCCCGACAGAGCAGCUACAGUGGGCACGGCUCACUACCCCGCACGGGGUUGAAAAGGACCCCAUCGAUAAAGCCGGAGGUGCCCCUUAAACCCAAUGGGUUUUCACCGCAGACUUCACAGAUGCGAGUGGUGAAUAAGUACAGCUAUUAAAAGAGCAUGGACACCGAGUGAGCUCUCGGACUUGACCAUUGAGUUUGGAGCCCUGAGGCUAGGCCUUAGGAUGGGGGAGGGCCUGGUGUGUGUUUGUGCAUUGAGGCGUGUUCUCGCUUUAAAUGAUAUGCACAUCCAUUCACACUAAACAAGGGAAACUCACACAUGUGGCCAAAGAUAACUCCUUGGGGCUUGUUCACUUCCUAUGUCUCCAUCUCCCUCGUCAUGGUAGCCCCAGCCUGUGAACAGUGGACAGUAGGGAAUCUGCUGCUGCUCCCCCACUGUAUCUGGGUUUGCGUGUAGCCUGCUCCCAUGUUGGGUAUGAGGUUUGUGACGCCGAUGAGGGCCAUUACGAAGUCUGUGUGUGUGGUACCAGGUCCAACACAGGGGAAUACUUGAAGAAUGGGUCUCAUUUGUCACUGCCUUUGAGCACUGUCUUCCCACUAAUGUGAACUGAAGAGAGGAGAGAUAUGCCUGUGUCAGUAAGAUCGGCUGGGGAGAGAAGAGAAGAGAGGAGAGGAAAUUCAAUCAUAGUAUGCAUGUUGCUUGAGCUAUGUGUGACCACAAACAGAUGAAUCUGGUAGGACGCCAACAGGGGAAACAGUUAAGAGUGUAAAUGAUUGAGGUGACAAGUGUGUAUGUGUGUGUGUGUCUGUGUUUGUUGGAACUGGAGAGCAGCUCAGUGUAAAGGCAGCACACAUAUUUGGUCCUCUCACCUGGUAAUCAAGAGUGGUGCCACAUGCCGUUAAAAUGCACCUUAAGACCUGUCCAAGAUCAAAGUAACUGUCACCCAUUUCAGUAUCCAAAUUAUCUUGUAUUUGGACUUACUUUAAACCUAUCAAAACCUAUCCUAAGCCACAGUUCUCUGUGUGUUAACUUGAGUGUGUCUGGUGAUAGGGGAGGUUAGGUCGGUCAGUCUGUCUGGGAGUCUGCUGAGACAGGGACUCUCUGUAACUCACUGGGAUAUGUAACUAAGUACAUUUGCUGCUACUGGUUUUAGAUAAAUCUGUUUAUUGCGUAUUUUAGUCUCUGAUGCAUUGUUUAUUCCCUACCAGGUUGGGAUGUCUCCUGACUUGGGCGUGCGUGUAUGUGUGUGUGUGUGUGUGUGUGUGUGUGUGUGUGUGUGUGUGUGUGUGUGUGUGUGUGUGUGUUGUAGUGCAGGCAGAGGCCAAGACUUACAGAUUAACUUGUGUGCACACUGAUCCAAUGCACUGUUAGAGCGGAGUGGAUAGAAACAUGGGAAAACUGCCUCUCUCCAGGACUGAAUCCUCCACUUACCUCUACUGCCCCUUUAUAGGAAUUAUACUGGUGGCUUAAGAGACUCCUUUCUUUAUGUAGCAAAGGUAUUAAGAAAAAAAAA